AAAAUCUCUCCACUUGUCCCACCACGUGUCGACUAUCAAGAGCAUCUCUACGAGAAUGUCAAUGUGAACUAAGGAAUAAGCAAAUAGCAAAGGUUGGCAUGCAAUCCCGCUUCUCUUAGGGAGUAGCUAAAGGUGCCAAUUUUAGUAUAAGUAAUGCUCUGUCACCCUCCAAUGCUAACUCCUUCAAUGCCAACUCUGACCAGCGCCUAUCAAGGCAUGCUGGAGAUUAUUUUUUCCCCGAUAUAUUAUCCUGACCUCUGUCAUGCACAAAUCACGGGAAAGAAGUCAAGCUGAGCUUGCUUCACUCUCACGGGUAGCGGCCUGCCUGAUAAAUGAACGUCUCGUUACGUCCGACUUCACCAAUGAAGCAAUUGUGCUGUCAUACUCGCACAUAGAGGAGACGAUCCGCGUCCAUCUUACUCAGCCUCUCCAAUUCCAUGACGCCGUCCAUGCGUCCGAACUUUCAGGCAAGGUUACUUACAACCAAGAUGUGGUGUCAGAUGGGGCACAGCUCAUGCGUAUAUUUGGUACCUGGGCCAAGUUGGCGUCUGACAGAAUCGACAGCAUCUGCAGAGAGCUGGAAAACUCGGUCGACAACUUGGAGAUAUCAUACCGACGCAAUCGAUCUCUCACCAUUGACUCUCCCGCUAUCGACUGGGAACAAGCAAUCGUGGAAGGUCAUGGAAUGCAUCCAUGGCAUAAGUGCAGAUAUCCCAUGGUGGGCGACUUUGAGACGGCAAAAAUUCACUUUGUGACUCUUACUCGAGACCAGAUGACGGUUGUUGGAGACUACGAUGAACGUAUCCGCAAGAUUGCCCUUGUCGAUCAACCCGAUGAAGGUCGCAUUAUUCUCCCCGUCCAUGCUUUUCAACUGCCGAACGUCAUGAAAGCCUUCCCCCAAGUCAAAAUAUUGCCCCAAACUAUCACCGGUCGCCCGCAGAGCUCUGUACGAACCAUCUCUGUCCCCGAUCCCGACUUCUGCAUCAAAGUGCCACUUGCCAUCAAAAUCACGUCGAUUGUACGAACUAUCCGACCAUGGGCGAUCACCAUCGGUUAUCGAAUGGAGCCAAUCUUGCAAGUAAUCGAAAAAGCAGCUGAAACCUUCGGUGGCUCUUUGCGUGUUGUCCGCGAAUACGGAGCAGCCGCAUCUUCAAGCGAACACUUAGGUUGUAUCAUUCGCCAAAGCACGGAGUCUAUCGCAGCCGAAACAGGGGAUAGGAUCAUUGUUUGUGCUGCACUAGCCGAACAUAUCCAAGAUAUCUGGCGGGAUGAGACUACCGAAAGUAAGCUGGAGCUGUUGCGCGAGUUCUGCAGCCAUCUAUUCCGUGCUGUACUGCCCUCUGUCCUGCUGCAUGGCUUCGCUCUACAGGCCCAUAUGCAAAAUCUCCUCAUCCGACUAGACCCAGUCUCACGGGCGAUUCGAGGGUUCCUUGUUCGGGAUUUAGGCUCAUUUCGGGUACAUGGGGAGACGUUCUCGAAGUCGACCUCGCUAGACGUCGAUACCUCCUGGGUCUUGACAAAGUCAGAUUCACUAGAAAAGGUGUACCAGUACAUUCACAGUGUGAUUCAUGGCGAUGUCGCUUCCAUGAUCCGCGCUCUGAAGGUAGGCAUAUCGGGAUGGAGAAUUGCCCGGCGCGAGUUAGAAAGAGUAAUUCCGGUUGAGAACGAGCUGGCUCGCCAGACAUGGUUGGAUAGUCCGGUUUGUACGUCCCGAGCUCAUCUCUCGAUGCAGCUGUUUGGUGUGGAGCGGGAAUGCCAAGUGACGACUAUUCCAAAUCGCUUCUACCAUUGCUCACAAUAUGAAGAAGUAUCCUUAGCUGUUUAGUUAGAAUUUCUUCUAUCAACGAGGGAACCAAAUGCCGAUGUAAUGUUUGCCGACAUCAUGUUUGCGUACUUUUCAAUUUAAAUGUUUAAC